GCAGCACUUUUCCCCAUCAUCAGACCCCCUGCAGUGUGCCAGGCUGAGUCAGGUGCAGUGACUGGCUGGGAAGUGAGACAGAGACAGAGAGAGAGAGAGACAGAGAGAGAGACAGAGCAGAAGACAGAGGACAGGAAAGAGUUUGGAGUGACCUCGGGAUUAUGGAGACCUUUAUUUUGGCACGUGGGCACCAGGACCAACAGUAACCCGGAAGUAAAUAACCCGGACGAAGGGGAAAGCGUGAGCAGCGAAGGCUAAUCAUUCAGCAUGGCCAAUCUGGAGCAGUGGGUCAACGACAGGCUCCAUGACAUCCUGGGCCUAAGUGACAGAUAUGUGGCGCAGUUUAUGAUCGGCCUGGCGCAGAAAUCCUCCGCGCCACAGGACUUUGUGGCACGUCUGCAGCAGACCGGCACCAUUGACAUUGACCAGAGAGUAACUGCAUUUGCUCAGGAGUUAUACAACAAGGUUCCAAAGAAACAGGUUGUCGAAAAACCAUCAAGAGCCAUCGAGCGACAGGUGAUUGAGAUGGAACGAAAGAACAGGACCUACACUCUGUUGGAGGACAGUGACAGCGAUGGAGAGGCGUCCAGAGAAGGAGGGAACGAGAAGAAGAGCCGAGACAAGGACAGAGGAAAGAAGAGGAAGCAUCUCAGGCAAAAAAGAGACGAAAGUCCCUUGUCGAGUGAGGAGGAUGGAAAGAAGAGCAAAUCAUCUUCACAUGAGGCAAAGAAAGCCCAGAAAGAUGACGACGAGGAAGAGGAGUGGGAGAAGGAGGAGAGAGAAAGACUGCAAGAUUUGGAGGAGAGGGAUGCCUUUGCAGAACGAGUGAAGCAGAGAGAUAAAGAGAAGACGAGGCACAUACUCGAGCGAAAUGACAAAAAGGCCUAUGAGGAGGCGCAGAAGAGACUGAAGAUGGCUGAAGAAGAUCAGAGGAGAAUGCUGCCUGAGCUGCGGAAACAGUCACGGCGUGAGUACCUGCACAAACGUGAGCAGGAGAAGCUGGAAGAUCUGGAGGCAGAGAUUUUAGACGAGGAGUACCUUUUCUCUGGUGAUAAUCUCACCGAACGUGAGAAGAAAGACCUGGAUUACAAGAAACAGAUCAGAGACCUGGCUCAAGACUACAAGAAAGCCGGCGUGAAGGAGAAAGAAGAGAGGAAAAACCGCUACUACAUGCCCGAGGAGAUACGUAAUAAAAAUAUUCCUCAGAGGGACAUGGAGUUGGAGUUUGACGAGGGCCCCAAAGAGGGUGGAGGUGAGCAGGGGCGAUGGGAGGAGGCACGGGUCGCCACAGCCACACUGCAGUUCGGGGCCAAAGAGGAACGAGAGCGGCGUCUAAAAGAGGAGAAAGAGAAAUACCAGCUAGUGCUCGAAGAGGACGAGAUGAUUAACUUUGUGAGCACUGCUAUCACCAUGAAAGGAACGCUCUCUGAAAAGGAUCAUGAACCUGAGCUCUCUCAGGCUGAAAAACAGAAGCAGUCCAUCCAGGAAGUGAGACGCAGCCUGCCCAUAUUUCCCUACAGAGACGACCUCCUCGCUGCCAUCAGAGACCACCAGAUCCUGGUUAUCGAGGGUGAGACCGGCUCAGGCAAGACCACCCAGAUUCCUCAGUACCUCAUGGAAGACGGUUAUACCAAAGGAGGGUUGAAGGUGGGGUGCACCCAGCCUCGCAGAGUAGCAGCUAUGUCUGUAGCAGCCAGAGUGGCUCAGGAAGUGUCAGUGAAGCUGGGGAAUGAGGUGGGUUACAGUAUCCGGUUUGAGGACUGCACGUCAGAACGCACUGUGCUCAAGUACAUGACUGAUGGCAUGUUGUUGAGAGAGUUCCUCACCGAGCCCGACUUGGCUAGUUAUAGUGUGAUCAUCAUUGAUGAGGCUCACGAGAGGACAUUACACACAGACAUACUGUUUGGGCUGAUCAAAGACAUCGCACGCUUCCGGCCCGACCUGAAAGUGCUGGUGGCUAGUGCUACUCUGGACACGGAGCGUUUCUCCAGUUUCUUCGAUGAUGCUCCUGUGUUUAGGAUCCCGGGCCGCAGGUUUCCUGUCGACAUCUACUACACAAAGGCUCCUGAGGCCGAUUAUCUGGAGGCGUGUGUGGUAUCGGUACUACAGAUUCAUGUGACACAGUCUCCUGGAGACAUCCUUGUGUUCCUCACAGGACAGGAAGAGAUUGAGGCGUGCUGUGAGCUCCUGCAGGAGAGGUGUAGGAGGCUUGGCUCAAAGAUCUCUGAGCUUAUUGUCCUCCCUAUCUACGCCAACCUGCCCUCAGACAUGCAAGCUAAGAUUUUUAACCCCACACCACCUGGAGCUCGCAAGGUUGUGGUAGCCACAAACAUAGCAGAAACCUCUCUCACCAUUGAUGGCAUCAUCUAUGUGAUUGACCCUGGCUUCUGCAAACAGAAGAGCUACAAUGCCCGAACAGGGAUGGAGUCUCUGAUUGUCACACCAUGCUCACGGGCCUCAGCCAAUCAGCGGGCAGGCCGAGCAGGUCGGGUAGCUGCAGGCAAGUGUUUCAGGCUCUACACAGCCUGGGCCUUCAAACACGAGAUGGAGGAAACCACAGUUCCUGAAAUCCAGAGGACCAACCUGGGCAAUGUUGUCCUGCUCCUGAAGAGUCUGGGCAUAAAUGACCUCAUCCAUUUUGACUUCAUGGACCCUCCUCCACACGAAACCCUGGUGCUGGCUCUUGAGCAGCUCUACGCCCUGGGUGCCCUUAACCACCUCGGAGAACUCACUAAGCUGGGCAGGAGGAUGGCUGAGCUGCCUGUCGACCCCAUGCUGAGUAAAAUGAUCUUGGCCUCUGAACAGUAUAAGUGCUCAGAGGAGGUGUUGACUAUCGCCGCCAUGCUGUCAGUCAACAACUCCAUUUUCUACAGGCCAAAAGACAAAGUGGUGCAUGCGGACAAUGCCCGAAUGAACUUUGUGGUGCCAGGAGGAGAUCAUCUGAUGCUCCACAAUGUUUACUCUCAGUGGGUGGAGAGUGGUUAUUCCACACAGUGGUGUUUUGAAAACUUUAUCCAGUUUCGCUCGAUGAGGCGGGCGCGUGACGUGAGGGAGCAGCUGGAGGGGCUGAUGGAGAGAAUCGAAGUGGAAUUGUGCAGUGCUAACGGUGACAACGUCUGCAUCCGCAAGGCAAUCACAGCAGGUUAUUUCUACCACACGUCCCGUCUCUCUAAGGGAGGCUACAAAACUGUGAAGCACCAGCAGACGGUGUAUGUGCACCCCAACAGCUCACUGUUUGAGGAACAGCCACGCUGGCUCAUCUACCAUGAGCUGGUCUUCACCACCAAGGAGUUCAUGAGACAGGUGAUUGAGAUAGAAAGCAGCUGGCUCUUGGAGGUGGCUCCUCACUACUACAAAAGCAAAGAGCUGGAAGACAGCAGCAGUAAGAAAAUGCCUCGCAAACAGGGCAAAGCUCGGGAGGAGCUCGGCUGAUUUCGGCGAACAGUCUGUUGUCUGCCGUUUCUCAUGCAGGCCUCAGCUCAUCUGGCCCAACAGAGACUGAAAGAAGGAGAGAUUGAGAACGAUUGCUGUUUAGGAUGGGAGCUCUGUGGUCAAAAUUCUGUUUGAAGCUAUUGGCAAUUGCUCUUAAUUAGUGUGUUUUUAGAGUGGAGGUAAUCAAAGUAUCUCGAUUUGAAACGUGUUAGAUAUGUUUGAGUUGGUAUUAAACCUCUACUCCAGUGGCAGCGUUAAAAUAAUAUCAAUACAGCAAGAAAUAAUGACUACAGAAGGAUGGGUUUUUACAGCUUGUUUUUGAGAGGAAGAACUCUACCUGUUUCUUUUAUUUUUUUUGUUGGUAAACAUAUUGUUUUAUAAUUGUGACUGGAAAUGUUUUUCAUGCUCAUGAUUAUAGACCAAUAAGCAAUAUUGCCAGCCCAUCAAAGGAAUGACCGGCAUGUUAUCUUGAGGCUGUUACUUUGAGCUAGAUUGUUCCACAGCAGAUAGAGGGUGUGUACCAAAUUACUGCACAGUCAUUUCCACAUAUGGGCCAAAUAUGUAGAUAUCCACUUUUUACAUAUCAAAGCAAGCAUUUGAUGUUUCCGGAUCUUCUGUACUGAUGUAUUUGAUGAUAAAUAUAUUUUUGAAUACAA